AAUUGAAGAGGCUGUCAGUGAUUGACAGUCCGCUCGUUGAAUCAGCUUCAGCUUCCAGCGUGACUCGCUGACAAACCCACCCAGGUCCCGCCCACCUGUACUCCCGGUUCCCGGACUCUCUACAGCCGCCAGCCCUGCCGAGUGCCGCGCAGUGGCAGCGACCCGCCAAGACUCUCGGGCCGGCUGGGAUACUAAUUAAACUGCCGGGAAGACGACAUACCAUCAGGCGGGUCGCUAGAUUCGUCGAUUUUAACCGGCGACACGGACUAAACGCUUUCUCACUUAAAUGGAAGCGGGAGCUUUCGUGUCAAGGCGAACGUCCAUGGAAACACCAGGCGUCGACAGCCGGGUUACAAGCGCUACAGCCGGGGCAGACUUACGAUGGAUGGGCGGCAGGCUCCUGGACGCCACGGGGGACUUUGUCGGGUCUCUUUCACCGAGAAUGACAGGGGAACAGGACUUUUCCCCGGUGUUGCAUCGAGCAACGCUGGAGACCUCGACCUCCAUCGAUCCAGAAAUAGACUAUGAAGGGCUGCCUCAGGGAGCCGCCACCAGCACACACAUGCUGGCAGGAUCCGUGGCUGGAAUCAUGGAGCACUGCGUUAUGUACCCCAUCGACUGUGUUAAGACUCGUAUGCAGAGCCUGCAUCCUGAGCCAGGUGCACGCUACAGGAACGUGAUGGAUGGCCUGCGGCAGAUUGUGCGGACAGAGGGCGUGUGGCGGCCAAUCAGAGGGGUGAAUGUGCUGGCGGUGGGGGCGGGGCCUGCCCACGCUCUCUAUUUUGCCUGCUAUGAGAAAAUCAAGCUCUCGCUCGGUGACGCCAUUCACCCCGGCGCCAACAGCCACUUUGCGAAUGGAGCGGCGGGCUGUAUGGCCACAGUGCUGCACGACGCCAUCAUGAACCCGGCCGAAGUUGUGAAACAGCGAAUGCAGAUGUUCAACUCUCCUUACCGGGGCGUGCUCGACUGUGUCGGGUCGUUGUUGAGGCACGACGGCCCGGCUGCUUUCUACCGCAGCUACACCACCCAGCUGACGAUGAACGUGCCCUUCCAGGCGCUCCACUUCAUGACCUACGAGUACCUCCAGGAGCUCCUCAACCCCCACAGACAGUACAACCCUUCCUCCCACGUCGUGUCCGGUGCACUUGCCGGAGCGCUGGCCGCCGCUGUCACCACUCCCCUCGACGUCUGCAAGACCCUCCUCAACACACAGGAGGCUCAGGCCAUACACGUGAUCCAGGCCGAGGCGGCGACUGCAGCUGCUGCGGUUGGAGCGGCCACGGCCUCGGCCACCAGCGGCCGCCACAUCUCUGGUCUUGGCGAGGCUUUUCGGACGGUGUACAGGAUGGGAGGCAUGCCGGCCUUUUUCAAAGGCGUCCAAGCUCGAAUCAUUUACCAGAUGCCCUCCACAGCCAUCAGCUGGUCCGUCUAUGAGUUCUUCAAAUACAUUAUCACCAAGCGGCAGCACGAGAGACGGCUGCGUGGAGACGGCAACAAAUAAAACCCGGGCAGUUGGACUGUACAAGCAACACAAAGGGGGGCGCUCCGCUCAACUACUGAACAACUGGAGGUCACAGGAUGAAACUCGUGCUGGUGUACAGUGAACACAUCUUACAGUUUAUUUGAAAUGAAACAACUCAUCUGUCUUCACACAGCCUGUAAUGUAUUUUAUUAUUUACACUUAAAUAUUCUUUUAUUUUGUUAGAAGUGUGUGUGUGUGUGUGUGUGUGUGUGUGUGUGUGUGUGUGUGGAAAUGUUCAAGUUUCACAAAGUGUUUAUAAACUAAGGAUUUUAGUUUUUUAAGGCAUGUGUGGAACAAGAAAUACAGACGAACAGAACGCGAGUUCACCCGAGACGAUCACUUUUCUGUUUGUUUAGCACUUAACAGCAAAUACAAAACCGUAACUUUGAACAGAAGUACACAGAUUACAGUAACAGAUUACAGUAACAGAUUACAGUCACAGAUUACAGUCACAGAUUACAGUAACAUCACUUGGACACAUGCCUUCAGUUAGCCGCCGUACAUCCGACGCACAACUACUACAAAGAAAUCCUUGGAUAGAGAUGUAAUGAUGCGUUGAAGCCAUAAAAGAGGAUUAUAUUGUAUAUAAUAUAUAGUGUGUAUAUAAAUAUAGAUAAACAAACUAAGUUUUGAAACUAACCUGUAUGUUGAAUUCUACAAAGUUUGAUGAAGACCUUCUAAGUCUACAAACCCCUGACCUGGAAGGUAACGGCAGAAACCUGGAUUAUUCUGACUUCAGACAAACCCUGCGAGUAUGGAGAGAGAAAUAAAUGUGUAAAGAGUAUUUAAAAAUGAUUGUAAUGUUGCGCAGACGCUCUUGUGAAGCCAAGUUUUGUGAUUGGGAAACCAAAGACGGAGCUAUAGAGAGGACCUCGUGGUUUGUGGGACGACGACACUAAUGUGAAAUGCUUGAACACUGUUGGAGAGCGACACCUGUGUUUUGGGACUUGUAAAUAAACUCGCUGGCAGCUCCUCGCAGAAGCAGGGUCUUCUCUUGGUGCUGGCUCUCCGAGCGCUCAGAGACGCAUGUCUGCGUGUCUUUUUCUUUCCUUGCUUCACAAAUAUUGAACUUUUAUUCCAAGGCUCAAAAGUCCAAAUCAUCCGGUUAAAUACAUGUUUACAUGCAGAAUGAUUGGGUGAUACAUUAACUCAUUAACUUUAUAUGAAAGUAUAGUUCGUUACGACUCGGGACACAAACUAACCUUUGAAAAGCACAACUGAUGACGUUAGAGCUGGAGAUGACGAAGUAUUAAUAUCUAUGAAGUAUUAAAAGCUGAAAACAA